UUUACUUAGCAUUUUAAAUGUAUGCUUAAAUAAUGUGGAGAUCGUGGGCAAACUGACUUUAAAAAACAGGCUGUGUGCAAAUUAUUUUCACGAGCGCGCUCCAGUCAGGUGUAAAGUGCUUACAGAAUGUAUUCGUGAUUCUCUAUUCUCUUCCAAACCCAGAGGACCUCCCCUGCAUCCAUCAUCCUCCCGCCUAGGAUUUCCGCUCACUCUUUAACAGACUCCCGUGCAGCUCUCAUCUGAUGCGAACGUGUAAAAUGGAGAUAGCCUUUAAAACCGUCGCUGUCAACUCGUAAAAAUAGCCCAGGCUACUGGAUUAAAACGCAGGGCGAUAGCUGUUUGCCAGAGUCAGUUUAGCACGAAUGUAGCAGCGAGAAAGAUUGCUGCAGCACAACUGCUUACUGCAGACCUUCUGCACGUUUUAUGUUAAAUAACGUUAAGUGCGUUAAGUGUAGGGUUAAGUUUUUAGGUCCUAUUUGGAAGGCAGGACAAGUGUCGUAUGAAACACGCCCCUACUAGGUCUCUCGUAUAAGGCAUUUUCUGGUAUUGGACUACUAGCUAGCUAUCUAAUGUGUGCAUGCCGCGCAACUUUAUCACUGCUUGGGUAACCUCUGUGCCGCUCGUGUGAAGAGGCUGCUCAAGUUUUUUUUAAACCAUUUGCAAGUAUUCUAUGAUUUUUAUUAACAGUUUUGUUCGGACAUAUUUUUUAGCUAAGAUGUUUUAAAAUUUACUUCGGAAGACACCAAACACGGAGCUUGAGCGCGACGUAGCAGUUUUACGGAAGAGAAACGCUAUCAUGCCAACUGGGGAUGCAGGGCCGGGUAGGGCUAUGGGCACCGAAGCUGCGGGUUCGGCCCAUCCCCGAGAAAGCGUAUCGAACCCGGCGGAGCCGCAGCCUUCGGGCGUAAGAGCGGUGUCAGUAUUAUGGUCGUUCGGGAAAUGUCUUGGAACACUGUUGCCAGUUUACCUGGCGGGAUACUUCGGCUUCAGCAUCUGCUUGGUAAUCUUCGGUCUGAUGGUUUACAUGGGAUGGAAACAAAGCCGAUAUGGGAAAGAGAAACGACUGCGGUCGGCCAUGUACUUGCUGGAGAACGAGCAAGACUUCACGUCCAGAAUAUUCAGAAGUAAACGGGAUUUACCAUCAUGGGUAAAUUUUCCAGAUGUGGAGAAGGUUGACUGGUUGAAUAAGAUCCUGCAGCAGGCCUGGCCCUUCGUUGGGCAGUAUUUGGAGAAGCUGCUGGUGGAGUCCAUCGCCCCCUCUAUCCGCGCCUCCAGCCCUCACCUGCAGACGCUCAGCUUCACCAAGGUCAACCUGGGGGACAAGGCUCUGAAGGUGGUGGGGGUGAAGGCUCACACGGAACAUGACAAGAGACAGGUGCUACUGGACCUCUACAUCAGCUAUGCAGGAGAUGUGGAGAUCGACGUGGAGGUGAAGAAGUAUUUCUGCAAAGCUGGAGUGAAGGGCAUCCAGCUACAUGGAAAGCUGAGGGUGAUCUUGGAGCCGUUGAUUGGAGACGUGCCACUGGUGGGCGCCAUCACCAUGUUUUUCAUCCGCAGGCCCAAGCUGGAUAUCAACUGGACGGGAUUGACCAACCUGCUGGAUAUCCCUGGACUGAAUGUAAUGUCAGACACAAUGAUAAUGGACACGAUCGCCUCCUUCCUGGUCCUGCCCAACCGGCUCACCAUCCCCCUGGUGGCCGACCUGCACGUUGCGCAGCUGCGCUCCCCUCUCCCAAGGGGCAUUGUGCGUAUCCACCUGCUGGAGGCGGAAAAUCUGGAGCCCAAGGAUAACUACAUUAAGGGGGUGAUGGCGGGGAAGUCGGACCCCUACGCCGUGCUGCGUGUGGGCACCCAGACAUUCACGUCCCACCAUGUCGACAACAACCUCAACCCCCAGUGGAGGGAGAUGUAUGAGGUAAUAGUCCAUGAAGUGCCUGGCCAGGAGCUGGAGGUGGAGGUAUUUGAUAAAGAUCCCGAUCAGGAUGACUUCCUGGGGAGGGUGAAGCUGGAUCUGGGUUUGGUGAAGCAGGCUCGCUUGCUGGAUGAGUGGUUUACUCUGAAAGACGCUCCCUCCGGUCGUGUGCACCUCAGGCUGGAGUGGCUGUCCCUGCUUUCCAGCGCGGACAAGCUCCCCCAGGUCAUCCAGAGGAAUAAGAACCUCGCCAUUUCCAGCAAGACAGCGGAAUCACCCUCGGCGGCCAUCUUGGUGAUUUAUCUGGACCGCGCUCAGGAGCUGCCGAUGAAGAAGGGUAAUAAGGACCCGAGCCCCAUGGUGCAGCUGUCAGUGCAGGACACCACUAAAGAGAGCAAGACCUGCUAUGGCACUAGCGACCCUGUGUGGGAGGACGCCUUUACCUUCUUCAUCCAGGAUCCCUGCAGUCAGGACCUCGACAUCCAGGUGAAAGACGACGACCGGGCCCUGUCCCUGGGCAGUCUGUCCGUGCCCCUGUCCCGGCUCCUGGGCUGCCCGGAGCUGGCCAUGGACCAGUGGUUCCAGCUGGAGAACUCGGGCGCCGCCAGCCGCAUCUACGCCUCCAUCAUCCUGAGGGUACUGUGGCUAAAUGAAGAGGCAUCUCCCAGUUCCCCUGUCUCUCCUGCCUUCCCAGCCCCUGCACCAGGGGAGUGUGAGGGGGGUGUGGCCGCAGAGCUAGUCCCUGGGGGAGUCAGUAUAUCCCCAUGUGCCCCUACAUCUCGACCCCAGCACACCUCCCCUGACCCCAGCUUUGCUACUGAGGGGGUGCUGCGGAUCCACCUGGUGGAGGCCCGGAAUCUGAUCGCAAAGGACAACUUCAUGGGGGGUAUGGUGAAGGGGAAGAGCGACCCCUAUGUCAAGACUCGGGUCGGAGGCGUGACUUUCCGCAGUCACGUGAUCAAGGAGAACCUCAACCCCACGUGGAACGAGCUAUAUGAGGUGGUUCUGACCCAGUUGCCUGGACAGGAGCUCCAGUUUGAGGCCUACGACAAAGACCUGGACCAGGACGACUUCCUGGGAAGGUUCAAGAUUAGUCUGCGUGACAUCAUUACCUCCCAGUAUACUGAUCAGUGGUACACCCUGAAUGAUGUGAAGUCCGGACAGGUCCAUCUGGUCCUGGAGUGGUUGCCCAGAGUUUCAGAACAUGCCAGAUUGGAUCAGAUCCUUCUGCACCAAUCGCAGCAGUCCUACCAGAACAAGAUCACGCUCUCUGCUGCCGUGCUGUUUGUUUAUGUGGACCGUGCUCAUGGCCUGCCGCUGAAGAAGAGUGGAAAAGAGCCGAAGGCUGGGGUGGAGCUUUCCCUCAAAGGCUCCUCCCAGAGGACCAAGGUGUGCGAUCGCUCCACUUCCCCUCAGUGGGAUGAGUCCUUUUACUUCCUGGUUCGUGACCCCAGACAGGAUAUGCUGGUAGUGAAGGUCUCUCACAGCUGGGGGACGGCCUUGGGCUCGCUGGUGCUCCCCAUCAGGGAGCUGCUGUCAGAACCGGGCCUGGUCCUGGACCGCUGGCUGGGCCUGGACGGGGCUCUGCCCGAGAGCGAGGUCCUGCUGAGGGCCGUGCUGAAGAUCCUGGACUCAAAGGCAGCGGCGUGUUCCAGGGGUCUGGGGGAAAUGGCAGGCAACGAUGAGGCGGACUCAAUCAUCCCUGGCAAAGAGGCAGCCACAGCAGCCAAUCAGGAGCUGAGACACAGGGCUGGGGCCGCCCAGGGGGCUGGGGGUAUGACAGGCAGCCAUAAGGGUCAGGUGAGGCUGACCAUUUCCUACUCCGCUGAGGAGAACAGGCUGCUGAUCGUGGUUCACAGCUGCAGGUACCUGGUGGCCUGUGCCAAAGAUGGCUCAGACCUCUACAUCUCCUUCAUCCUGCUCCCAGACAAGAACAGAACCACCAAGAGGAAGACAAGCGUGAAGAAGAGAGACCUGAACCCAGAGUUUAAUGAGAGGUUUGAUUUUGAUCUAUCCCCGGAGGAGGCAAGACGCAGGCGACUGGACUUGUCCGUUAAAAACAGCGUGUCCUUCAUGAGUCGUGAGAAAGAGCUUAUCGGCAAGGUACAGGUAGAAUUGGCAGAGCUGGACCUCAGCGCUGGGGUUACGCAGUGGUACGAUUUAACAGAAGAGGCCAACUGACGGAUCUCCGCGUAAAGAUCACUUCACACAAGGAUGCCUUUAUAUUACCCAUCUCACACCUCUUUUCUCUACUGUGUUUUUCAAAUGGCAACUUUUUUGUUUUGCAACACCUAGUUCACCGAAGGAAAAUGAAUGUUGAAUAUUCAAUAUCAAAUCAGAAUUUGGGUUGUUGAUUGGCUGAAAGGUCCACACACCUUGUUCCAAGGCCUUAAGUGACUGGUGAUUGAAAAUGAACCACAAACACAUUAGACACUGUGCCCCCCCCCCCACCCCCACCCCCCAGGACUUGAGUUUGACAUCUAUGGUUUAACGCAUUUUGCAGGAUAUCAGCUGUGGGUCAGCUGUGCACUGAGUGCAUUCUGCCGUAAAUAUGUUUGGUCUGUGGCAUUUUUUAUUGUACCGUUUACAAUCGCAUUCGUCUCGACGCUUCCCAGCGAGCAAAAAAAACACUGAAUCCGAUUCCCUGACCGCUUUGUUGAAAAACUAAAAAUAGAGCAUGACAUGUUGAGACGCACUGAAGAAAGCAAGUCAUCCAUCUAUUAUAUGAUACCAAAUUUCCUCGCUACUCUGUAAAGCGUCUUUGUGACAGUGUAAAAAGCGCUACACAAAUAAAACUGAAUUAAAUUGAAAAAAUUACCUAGGUCUGUCAGACUUACUCAGUUACAACUUUAAUUCAGUAUAAAUAGGUGAAUCAGAUGCCAUCGCAAGUGAAGGAUUAUUUUCAAGAAAGGUUGACUCAGUUGUAGAAUGCUAUGAAAGUAUACAAAAAAUAUUUCUCAACAGAACUAUGAAUUGAGUUUCCUAUUGUAUUGAUAAUUUUCAAAUUUAUGUAAAAAGUCAAUAAGGACAUCAGGUCCACCCCCCCCCCCCCCAAGACUUCGGUUGGCCUGCCACUCUUGCCCAUAUUAAUCAGAUGAAUGCACUUCUGUUUCUCCUGCAUUGUAAGAUGAUCUGGGGGAGAUCACAGGCUAAAUGAAUGUAAUGCAAUGCAUACACGCAGUGUGAUUGACAAAGGUAUUUGUCGAGUUAGCACUUUCACUGUGUGUAUUCUCUUUGGGACCACCCGUAAUUGUCCUUUAAGUCAGUUUAUUGCACAAACACAGUGUCUGAAAUAUAUAAACUACUAACAGCCAAUGACAGACUUCGCCUCUCAUGGGGGCCUGAGUCCAGUAUGCACAGAGAUGCAUUCACAAGAGAGCAUCCCUGUGCAUUUCACAGAGAAGAAAAUCCAGCAGUUGAUAUUUCAGCAUAGUUUGACACUGUGGACUACAUCUCCCAUCAGCCCCUUUGCGAAACAUUCCACAGUAGUUUGCCCAUUGACUCCACCCCAGUUUUGGGCAGCUGUAAAGGUGUGCUGGUUUUGAAAGGACAGUGGCUGAGAGAUGUGUCAAGAAGAGAUGUGACCAAAGUUAUUCCAUGAUGAAUUUAAGUAUUUUAAAAUAUUUUUAAUAUGGAGAUUCCUGUGGUUGUUUUUAAAAAAUAUAUAAUUUAAUGCUUUUACUUCAAUUUUUCUUUCCAUUUCUGUUGGAUCAUAUAUGUGCUGUAAGUUUGUUAUUUUUGCCUGAAGUAUUGAUGUUGUGUGCACAGCUGUGUUAAUGGUUUUACCGAUAAUAGACAAUGUUUCUGAGGAACCGAAGGUUGGGGUACGGUUUGCAUUGUCUCCCUUGAACGAAGUCGUCCUGUGCAUAGUAAUAAAAUUGAAUUAAAUAUCAUUUUUUAUAAUGUCUAGUAUAGCCGUGUUCUGUGAAAACCUGUUGUAGCAAAGAAGCCUUGAGAAAAAUAGCAAAAGAGGCCGCGCACGUUAUUUCAGUAAUUGUGCUUUUAUUUGCUGCAAAUCAUUGUUGCUGCAGAUGUAUGCUUCUGUAGAAAUGUCUCCAUACUAAGGCUGCACUUGCACUUGCAUUGGACAAGUGCAGAAGCUUAAAAUUUGAAAAUGUGCUUGAAAAUGUCUCACUGCUGAACUUUGUGUGCUUCACAAGAUAAAAAAUGAAGUAGUCAUGCCUAAACUCCAGCAUGUGUGUGGAUACCUGAGAGCGAGUGUGUGUGUGUGUGUGUGUGUGUUUGAGUGAGAGUGUGUUUGAAUGUGUGCGUGCUUGUGUGAGUGCGUGUGUGCAUGUGUGAGUGUGCGUGUGUGAGCGUGGGUGUGUGUGUGUGUGUGGGGGGGGUGUUUAAGUGUGUGCAUGUGUGUGUUUGCUAUUGUAUGUCGAGACCCAAGUGGCCACGUGGAUUCUAUAUUGCAGCUGUUUAUUAAACAUUGAUUACAAUUCAGAAAAGA